GGCUCUACGAGGUAGCGUAGCAUACGUUAGCCAUUUGUCGAUGUACAUUGUAGGGAAUGUGGCGGUGUCAGUUUAGUCUGAUGUGAUAUUAUAGAAAGAUUUCUGUUUGUCGCGUCCCGGUAGAUGUUUAUGGAUUGCCAGACGUUGAAGUGUCUUUGAGCGGACUUCCAGGUAACGUUACGAAAAUGCCUCUGCACGGGAAAAUUGUCGUGAUAAAGAGGAGUGGAGGAGAUGGGACUGAAUUUCCUCUUACUGCAACAUGCUUGUUUGGAAGGAUGCCUGACUGCGAUAUUCGUAUUCAGCUUCCUCAAGUCUCCAAGGAGCAUUGCAGGAUUGACUUGAAUGAAAAUAAAGAGGUUGUGUUGACUAAUUUGAGCACAGUGAAUCCUACCCGUGUCAACGGAGAGGCUUUGCAGCAGUCUGAGCGUUUGAAGAACGGAGAUGUGAUAACCAUUAUUGACCGCUCUUUCAGGUUUGAGUACCCUCCAGCCCCCACCCCAAAGAAGAGGACUUCCAGAGGAGGCCAAAGUGAAACCCUCAAAGUUCUUCAAGCUGGGGACAAGGUUUCCACUGAAACUGCAGGAAAAAGGAUCCCUGAAGUUUCCACAGACCCUCAUCUGAAAGAUGGAGCUAACCAUGACAACAUCCAGCGAUCCCUGGAUAAAAACAUGGAGGUGGAGUCCAAGCAGGACGAAAGCCUCCUGCAAAACAAAACCACCUCCCCCUUCGGCGAUCUGUAUCAAAUGAUCAAACAGUCUCUGGAUGUGAAGACCCCCCGGAAAUCUUCUGCCAGUGUCCUUCAAACACCCACCUCCAGGUUUUGCACCCCAAAACCCGUUUCGGUCAAGAAAAAUGAUAGCAAACCUGUCAUUUCAACAGAAGACAAAAGUAUUGCCAAGAAGGGGGAAGUCUCUGCUGUAGCUGAGGAAACCAAGGAGGCGGAACAUGUCUGUUACGUCACCCCAAAGUCGGCUAAGAAGAACAGGAGGUCCUUCCAGACUCCUUCUACUGAGAUGGCCGCACCCAAAGUGGAAGCAUCUGAAAAUGCUGCCACGUCUGAAGAUACAACUCCCCUAAAGAGAGUCCGUACACCCCCCCAGAGGUUUAUAUGCGAGCAGUCGCCUGUGAGAAGGAGAAGCAAGGAGACAACACCUGCUGUGACCAAGGAGCAAGAAGAGCAAGCAGUGACCUCUCCCAAAGUGAACUCCAAGAAGCGCAAAAUUGGCGAAGUUUCCGACUCGCCCUCAUCACAGAUGAAGAGGAAACGGGUUUCCUUCGGAGGCACGCUGUGUCCUGAAUUAUUUGACAAGCGUCUGCCUCCUGACUCUCCCCUGCGCAAAGGGGCCACACCUCGGAGAAGCCUGUGUGUGACCAAAACCAAACAGUCACUCCUGAGACGAGCAUCUGUCAUUGGCUUGCUAGCGGAGCAUGAUCAAGAAAACAGUCCUGCAAGAAGGAAGACUCCAUCACCCAAGAGGUCAUCAAGUCCCAAGAAUGCUUCCCCAAAGACCCCAACGCCAGCGAAGAAAUCCCCCAAACCCAGGACUCCAUCUCCUGCAAAGGGGAAGUCUUCCUCUGUUGGUGGAACUCCAGCAGUCCUGCCUCCGAGUGUCCAAGGGCGUUUCUCUGUGUCACGCAUCAUCACACCCUCCCCUGUCGCAGAGAAUGUUGUGACUGACCUGGUGCCUUCAGUCUCUGUCACCCCUAAAAUAACCCAGAGGAGGAAAAGCACCUCACGGGAGUCUACAGCAAUAAUGCGCAGAAGUGGCAUUUCACGGGCAUCAAUGAAAAUCAAAAAUUCCUGGGCAGACAUUGUGAGAUUCGGGCCAACUAAGCCUCAAGUGGUUGCUGCAGCUAAAAAGACGGUUACUAAAAAGACAACAAAGACGGCUGUGCCCCAACCGCAGACCCCUGCGAAAACCCUCAUGGGCCAUGUCAGCACUGGUCAUGCAGAUUCCCCCAUUACCAUUGUUGUGGGCAGAGCUCAACAAAGGGUCGUUCCAUCUGGUGCCGCACCAAGACUGGUCCCCAAUAUUGCAAUCCUUAAGAAGAACAUGAAAAUGGAUGAGGACUUGACCGGAAUUUCUGAAAUGUUGAAAACCCCUGCGGUUGAGAGGAAGAAAAAAUCUGUAAUCAAUGAGAACAAUGUCCCAAAGACUCCACUGGGAGCUCUCGGAACAUCUGUGGUCGAACCAUCAGUGCUGAACACACCAGAGGAGACAGGUGAGAUGAUGGUGUCUCCACUGACCGUGUCGUCUUCAGUCAAAGACAGAAGAUACAACAGCGAGGCAGUGCAGCGCCUCCUCAACGAUGAAGAGGAAGAGGCUAGCUUAGUCAGUGAAGUGCCCGCCUCUGAGAAUCCCUCUGAUGAUUCCAGCGAGCAGCAGAGCACAGAUCUGAAAACGACCGCCGCAACAACUCCCAAACAGAAGCCAGAGGUACGGGAGUGUCUCACCGGAGUGAAGAGGAUCAUGAAGACGCCCAAGCAGAAGUGCGAGCCCAUCGAAGACCUGAGAGGGAAGAUUCUGAAAACUCCUAAGCAGAAGCGCGAACAACAGAAAGAGUGUCUCACCGGAGUGAAGAGGAUGAUGGCGACUCCAAAACAGGAAGCUGUAGAGCACAUCAAGGUGGAGCUUCUGACAACCCCCAAGCAGAAGACCGUACGAGACGCUGAGAUAGUUUGUGAGACCCCACAGCAGGAGGCUGGACCUGUCAACCACCUUCAAGAAAAAGUCCUGGAAACUCCCAAAGCUCCAGAAGCCACAAGUGUGGAGGAAAUUGCGAGCGAUGAGGCCCCAGCGGAGGACUCCCAGGGACCUGAAGAGAUCAUGGAGGAGGAAACGGCUGAAUAUAUUUGUGUGGAAGUUAAAGAAACGGAAGUGGCUGCAAGUGAAGCAGUUGUCGAUGCCCUCCUAUCCGAAGUGUCAAUUGAACACAAAGAUAUUGAAUCAUCAGAUGCUGCCGAACCGAUCUCUGAAGCCCCUGUAGAGGAGAGUGUAGCUGUGGAAGAACCCAAAAUUGAAACUGUUGCUGUAAAUGAGUCUGAAGAAGCAGAAGUGGUCACAGUAGAUGAGAUGGUUACUGUAGAAGAACCCAAAGUAGAAGAUGCUGUAGCUGAAGAACCAGAGGUGAAUGCAGUAGAUAAGACAUCUGAGGAACAACCUAAGGAAGAUGCAGUUGAGGUGGUAUCUGAAGAAGAACCCAAAGUAGACACCGUAGAAGAGACCGCAUCCGAAGAAAAACCUAAAGUGGAGACUGCUUCUGAAGAAGUCACAGAAAUGGACACAACUUCCUCAAAGCCACACCAGAAGAAGAAAUCUGUUCGAGGCAAAAAGACCAAGACCGUUGAACCUGAAACAGCUGAGGAUCAACAGGAAGCAGCAGCAGAAGAACUCAAAGUAGACACCGUAGAAGAGAUCGCAUCCGAAGAAGAACCUAAAGUGGAGACUGCUUCUGAAGAAGUCACAGAAAUGGACACAACUUCCUCAAAGCCACACCAGAAGAAGAAAUCUGUUCGAGGCAAAAAGACCAAGACUGUUGAACCUGAAGCAGCUGAGGAUCAACAGGAAGCUGCAGCAGAAGAACCCAAAGUAGACACCGUAGAAGAGAUUGCAUCCGAAGAACCUAAAGUGGAGACUGCUUCUGAAGAAGUAACAGAAAUGGACACAACUUCCUCAAAGCCACACCAGAAGAAGAAAUCUGUUCGAGGCAAAAAGACCAAGACCGUUGAACCUGAAACAGCUGAGGAUCAACAGGAAGCAGCAGCAGAAGAACUCAAAGUAGACACCGUAGAAGAGAUCGCAUCCGAAGAACCUAAAGUGGAGACUGCUUCUGAAGAAGUCACAGAAAUGGACACAACUUCCUCAAAGCCAGACCAGAAGAAGAAAUCCGUUCGAGGCAGAAGGACGAAGACCAUGGAACCAGAAGCAGCUGAGGAUCAACAGGAAGCAGCAGAACAAUCUGAAGAGCCCGUCGUCCCUACACCAGCCAAAGGAAGAAGAGGAAAGAAAACUGAAGCUGCUGCCCCUCCCGCUGUCAAACAAACAAGAGGCAGAAAUGCUAAGUCUCAAGAAAGCCAAGAUGUUGAGCUCCCAGUUGAGAAAGAUGCCCCUAAGCCGAAAAGAGGAAGAGCUGUUAAAAAAGCUGAAGUGGUCCCAGAGGUUGAAACUGAAAUGGUGCCAGAACCUGAGAGUGAACCAAGCACCCCCGUGGAGGUCGAACAGGAAGCAAACGAGAGCACAGCACCUGUGGAGAAAGCUGUGCAGAAGCCCAAGAGAGGAAGAAAAACCAAGCAGCAAGAUGAUGCCGUCAAAGAAGCAGAGGACCAGCAGGAGGCGACUCCCGUAAUUGAGAGCUUACCUGAAGAGGAGGCAGCAACUUGUGAAAUCCCAGAAGAAGAAGAAGCCGCUAUCGUUCAGAAGAAACCUGUUCGAAGCAGAAGGGCAAAAGUUGUGGAGUCUAAAUCAGCCAAUGACCAAGAGGAGGCGGCAGAGCAGGAAGCUGUUGUCGCUGCUCCAGUUAGAGGCAGAAGAGGCAAGAAGACUGAGGCUGUUGAACCUCCUGUCAGAAAAUCAACAACAAGAGGCAGAAAUGCCAAGUCUCAGGAAAGCACCGCUGAUGAACAGCCUGAAGUGGUAGCAGAGAAAGUUGAGGAAACAGUUGCUGAGGUUUCCACUGAAGCUGAGAGCAAGCAGACGUCUCCAAUCGAAGAGAUCACUUCUGCUCCACCUGCCGAGGAAGCUGUCGUGAAGCCUGUCCGAGGGAGAAAAACCAAGCUAACACCAGUGGAGCCAGAGAAUAACAAAGGUGUGAGAAGAGGGAAGAAGACAAAAACCGAUGCUGUUGAAGAAAACGAGGUGGUGGAAGUCGCAGUGGAGACCAAGCAGCAUUCCCAGCCUCCAGUUAAAGCUAGGAGAGGAAGAAAUGCAAAACAAGAAGAAGAAGAAGAAAAAAAUCUAGAGACAGUUGAGACUACUAAAACCCAGGAGCCGGCUAAAAAGAUGAGGAGAAGCAGGAAGGCGGUGCAAGAAAUUGAAACUGUUGUCCCAGAGGAGGCUGAAGCUACUGUUGUUGUGGAUGAACCUGUGAAGAUGGAGGAACAUGCUACUGUUGUUGCUGCCAAACCCAAAAGAGGAGGGCGCAAAGCAAAACCAGAGCCUGAGAUUGAAACACCUGUCGAACCCGCUGAGGUCCAAGAGGUUUCCAUCGUCAGCACCACCAACAAACUCAAACGCGGCAGGAAGGGAAAACAAGCUACUGAAGAAGUUGCAGGUCGCUGCUGCAGAACGUGAGGCUGAAGAGAAGAGUGAAGAAGAGCCAGCUCCAGUCAGUAAACCAAGCAAGGCGAGGGGGGUGAAAACUCCUGUGAAAAAAGUAGCCGUUCCUGCAAAGAGAGCCCGUCGAGUUGCAGCUCUUCCCCUCGAAGAGACAAGCGAAGAAUCCACAGUUUCAGAGCCAGCAGCAGCUCCAGUAGAGCCAGUCAAAAGAGGGAGGCGGGCAGCAGUAAAGCCCGCAGCAAAUCCCACUGAAGAUUCAAGCAUUGCUGUUGAGGAAGACGCAAAAACCACCAAGAGAGCCAUCAAGUGGAACGAAAAUGUCGAGGUCUUCGAGAUUCCAACAGCAACACCUGUGAAGGCCGUCAGAGGCAAGAAGUCAAAACUCACCACCGAAAGCAAAACUUUGCCAAAGAAUGCCGACCAAACUGAAGAGAGUGAUCUCUCAGACAAAGUUUUAGAAGCUGUGCCCGUCAAGAAAGCCAGACGAGGGGCAAAGGUCACUGUGGACGAGGCCGAGACUUCAAGCAAGGUGGAAAGUGUUGAGGUUGAAGCACAGCCCAAAACUCGCAAAAGAGCAGCUAAGAAAUAAAAGAAUUUAUAUAUUUUCUUAAUCCUUAUUUCCCUUUUCCCUUUUUUUACUUUUCUAAAUCUUUGGCAUUUUAGAAAGUAAUUUUAUAGACAAUUCAAUGAAGCACUGCUUUUCUUUGUGCCAUUACAGCAGGGAUGUUUGUUUUAACCAUUGAUUUAAUUUUAAAGUUGUUUACCACUGGUUUCUGCAAAUAUUUUAAUGGUGCGAAAAAGUUAUUAAAUUGAUUUGAUUGAAAA